CUAGUGGUAGUGCGUCGGAUGCAGGAUCUUUCGCUGCAGCUGGUGGUAGUGGUGGUGGUGCUGAUAGUUCCGCGGAAUGGAGAUGCAGUUACCUGGCUGGAGAAGUUCGGUUCAAGUUGAUUAAGGCUUGCUCGCGUAGUAUUUAAUCUCUCUACUAUUUAACAGAAGUAAUGUAAGACGUUGAUCCUAAGGUUGUAGGAUGCCCUGGGGGACGGAGGAGAGGUCUAGCCUCGAAUCUUAGUUCUUGCUCGCCAAAAACUCUGACUACUGAACUCACAGGAUCGUAUUCGUAGGGACCGUUGGGCGUCGACUUGGCUAGUGAAGAUGAGUCCUCUUAAUUGACAGACGUUGCUGAGUGGCCAUUGUUCUACGGAAUAGUGCAGUCGCUUAUCAAUCUGUCUUUUCAAGACGUGAAAUCGUUGCCUACUAUAACAUGAGAAGUUGUCUGAUAGUCUUACUACGUUCUCGUCUGGGUGCCAUUGCGUGCAUUAGUCACAGGCCAGGCAUCCGAAGCCUUACCAUAAACAAGUUGUCGACGUAGAAGAAGAACAGCGCCAAGAUGAGUCCCAGCUUUGCUUUUACAUUUCUUGCUUUGGAUCUUUCGAGUCAAUUCCAACUGCGAAUAUUUAAAUUGCCUUAUGAUUAACUUUACUACUGGCGCGAUUGCCUUUGCCACUACUACAACUACAGCUACAACGAACUAUGUACUACUCUAAUUUCGGAGCUCCUUUUGAAGAGGUAACGGUGAGAGCCUUUGCCGAGGCACUGGCUGCGCAGCUGAGCCCCCCUAAAAGUGCGGACUCGCUUAGACUUCACCUUUCCCUUUCUCGUAACGCUGUUCCCUCGUCAUCGACGUUGACGUUGUAUCCAAUCCUUGACGAGGACGCGGGGAAAAAGGUUUUCGAUCAGUGGAGAACGCUUCAAGAUGCGGCCGCUGCCCAGGGAAAAUCAUUUAC